AUGCUUCUGGAGCCACGAAGUCUCUUCAUAAUGACGGAUCAUGCGUAUACAACAAUGCUUCACGGAAUCGCUGAAAGAGAAACAGAUCUUGUUGAGCCAGGAAAAGUGUUCAACUGCACGGAAGAGUUGGCGAACAAGAGAUUGGAAAGAGACACUCGGAUCUCCAUCACAGUCAGAAAUGUGGAAAAGGUGUCGAAGCUUGGAGUUCUUGAUUUACUCAAGAAAUAA